AUGGGCUGUAUCCAAAGCAUCACCUGCAAGGCGCGGAUCCGGCGCGAGAACAUCGUGGUGUACGAUGUGUGCGCCACCAUCGACCAGUGCCCCACGCGCAUCGAGGAGACCUCGCCCAUCGUCCUGCGCUACAAGACCCCCUACUUCAAAGCCUCGGCCCGCGUGGUCAUGCCCCCCAUCCCCCGCCACGAGACCUGGGUGGUGGGCUGGAUCCAGGCGUGCAACCAGAUGGAGUUCUUCAACACCUACAGCGACCUGGGCAUGUCAAGCUGGGAACUACCUGACUUGAGGGAAGGGAGAGUAAAAGCCAUCAGUGACUCAGAUGGGGUGAGCUACCCUUGGUACGGGAACACCACAGAAACUGUGACCCUGGUUGGUCCCACCAACAAGAUCUCCAGGUUCUCCGUCAGCAUGAAUGACAACUUCUACCCAAGUGUGACGUGGGCAGUGCCAGUGAGUGACAGCAAUGUGCCUCUGCUCACAAGGAUCAAGAGGGACCAAAGUUUCACUACCUGGCUGGUGGCCAUGAACACCACCACGAAGGAGAAGAUCAUUCUGCAGACCAUCAAGUGGAGGAUGAGAGUGGACAUUGAGGUGGACCCUCUUCAGCUCUUGGGGCAACGGGCCCGGCUAGUGGGCAGGACUCAGCAGGAGCAGCCCCGGAUCCUGAGCCGGAUGGAGCCCAUCCCCCCCAAUGCACUAGUGAAACCCAAUGCCAACGAUGCCCAGGUCCUCAUGUGGAGACCCAAGCGAGGGCCACCUCUGGUUGUGAUCCCUCCUAAGUAGAAGCAGACUGGACCUGACUGUGUGUGAAGCACAUGAUGCUGAGACACGCAGUGAGGUUGCCGGGGGGGCAGGAGCCAAACUGAGUUUCUGAGCCAAAGCAGACCUCUCGGUUUGCCAGCCUUUGCAGCCACUUGUGAAGAGUAGGGCUGCUUCUUGGGUGGUAGAACCAUAAUCCUUAGGAAAAUUCCCUUCCUUUUAGGAAUAAAGAAAUCACUGAU